UCUGCCUUCCCGACCUGAUGAAGCGCCGUUUUCCUGGGUCCUGAGCGCCGAGUCCCGGAGGUUGGAAGGUGGGAGUCUUCUGUCAACGAAAACUUCAGGAGGCCUUUUUGAGAGACCGAAGACAGUUUUGCUCAGCAGUGGUUUGCAGACCAGGGAGCCGGCCUCCGGGAUGAACCGCAGGGGAGUGACCCCCAUGCCAUGUGUAGAAAAGGGACCAUACAAAGCUCUCCUGGAUCCAGCUGGCUGCUGGCUGCUUCUCCAUCCUCUUCCUUUCCCACAGCUCUGCUUGCAGCGAGACACCUGCCAUUCUAAAGUAGUUACAGCUGUCAGUCCUUUCCAUGACUCUGCCCUUUCCUAAUGGAGAGCACCCAGGAGGGAACAGCUGCUGUGGCUCCAACUGCCAGGUGCCAGGAAUCGGUGACAUUCAUGGAUGUGGCCGUGAUUUUCACAGAUGAAGAGUGGAGGCAUCUGAUCCCUGUUCAGAGGGACCUCUACAAGGAGGUGAUGCUGGAGAACUACCAGAGCAUCAUCUCCCUGGGACUUCCAGUUCCUCAACCUGAUGUGAUUUUCCAGUUUAACAGAGAGGAUAAACCUUGGAUAAUUGAUCUUCAUGGACCUGAUGAAGGAAGAUGGCCAGAGAACAUUUCUCUAGACUGGGAGACAAAGCCUGAGAUUCAAGGUGAGAUUCAAAUUGGUUCAGAAGAAAAGUCAGAAGGAAUGUCAAUGGAAAAGCUUGGAAGAAAAAGUCCUCUGUGUACUAAAUUGGAAGUUCAUGCACUAGAAGGUGGAUUGGAAACAGAGAAGGAAAGUCCUAUAGUGGAGACUUGUAAGAAAUCCUUUUCCCAGGAGGAAAGCUUGCAGCAAGGGUUAACCCGUCCCAAGAAAAUUCUCACUAAAGACAGAGACCAGGAAUGCAGUGAUUGUGGGAAGACCUUUUUUGACCACUCAUCCCUUAUCCGCCAUCAGAAGACUCACACGGGAGAGAAGCCCUAUGACUGUCAUGAGUGUGGGAAAGCUUUUUACAACCGUUCAGCUCUAACUGUACAUCAGCGAGUUCACACUGGAGAGAAGCCCUUUAAAUGCCGUGAGUGUGGGAAAGCUUUCAGUCGUAGGUGCAGUCUCAGCAGACACUUGAUGUCUCACACUGGGGAGAGCCCCUACGAAUGUAGCACAUGUGGAAAAGCCUUUUUUGACCGUUCAUCCCUAACUGUACAUCAGCGAAUUCACACCGGAGAGAAACCAUUUAAAUGCAGUGAGUGUGGGAAAGCCUUCUUUGACCGUUCAUCCCUCACUCGACACCAGAGAAUUCAUACUGGAGAAACUCCUUAUGAAUGUAGUCAGUGUGGGAAAGCCUUCAGCCAGAAAAGCAUUCUUACUAGACACCAGCUCAUCCAUACUGGCCGGAAGCCUUAUGAAUGUACUGAGUGUGGGAAAGCCUUUUAUGGUAUCUCAUCACUGAACAGACAUCAGAAAGCUCAUGCUGGAGAGCCUCACUUCCAGUGCAGUGAGUGUGGGAAAGCGUUUUUUGACCGCUCAUCCCUUACACAGCAUCAGAAGAUUCACACUGGAGACAAGCCCUAUGAAUGCAGUGAAUGCGGGAAAGCCUUUAGCCAGAGAAGCCGGCUGACACGACAUCAGAGGGUUCACACAGGAGAGAAACCCUUUGAAUGCAGCGUAUGUGGGAAAGUGUUUAGUUCUAAAUCAUCAGUUAUUCAACAUCAACGGCGCUAUGCCAAACAGGGAAUAGACUGAAUUGAGUGAAAUUUUUAGUCAAAGGACCUCCAUGAAAACUUAAAAUAGGUCUUCCUCAUCUUAAACUGAUCAAUUAAUCAUUCUACCUAUUCUGGCUACUGCUCUCUUUUCCUGCCUCUGCUACCACAGUGUUUGAAUAAAAACUAUAUACCGUGUUAUAGAACAGAUGUGGGAUGCUGGAAAUUAGGGUGCAAUUGUAAAGAGUCAACAUUUUGCAGAAGUUUCUCAGACAAUAGGAUAAAUGUUAGGAGGUGAUCCUCAGACACACCUCUUAUAUGAGUCCCCUGGUAUCCCUGCACUUUAAAUAACUGGAGGCUAUAACAGGAAGGGAAAGACAAAAUUAUAUCAGCAGGACUGAUUUACUCAAAUAGUUAUUUUAUAGUGGUUAGUCCCUCUCUCUUGGAGCUUUUUUGCACAGUGAUCUUUUUGUGUGUCCCAACUUUUAGAUAUCUUUAAUACUGCUACUACUAAUAGCUAGCACUUAUUGAGCACUUAUUAUGGGGUAAGCACUCAACUACAAGUUUUGCAAGGAGAUUAUUUGGUCCUCUCAAAUAAUCCUAUCCAGUGUGACUCAGUGGGUGACCUCAACCUAUGAACCAGGAGGUCAUGGUUAGAUGCCUGGUCAGGGUACAUGCCUGGGUUGUGGGCUCGAUCCCCAGUAGGGAGCGUGCAGGAGGAAGCCAAUCAAUGAUUCUCAUCCUUGAUGUUUCCAUCUCUCCCGCUCCCUUAUUCUCUCUGAAAUCCAAAACAUAUUCAUUAAAAAAACAAACCCUAUUAAGUAGGUACUCUUACUACCUGAAUUUUACAGGUGAGCAAACUGGAGUUUGGAGGGGUUAAAUAAAUUGCCCAAGGUGACAGCUAGUAAAAGGUGAGGCCAGUUCUUGAACAGGUCUACCUUCAAAAUCCAUUCCUUUCACCAUUAUGGUAUAAAGUUGGUUUUAUAAUUGAUGUACAUGUAUUAUCUACUUAGGUAAAGUAUAAGCACUUUGUAGCUCUCACAGUGCCUUGCAAAUAGUAGGUGCCCAAUAAAUAUUUAUCUGAA